AUGUCAUUUACCAUAAAAGAUAAGGAAAAUAAUGAUAAAUACUGUUAUGAAUGUCUUCAAAAAAAUGAAAAAGAACAUAUUUGUUCAUCUCAAUUAUUAUCUGAUUCUGCUUAUACUUUAUCGGAAAUGACAACUGAACAAAUAAAUACCUUAGAAACAUUUUCAUUAGCACAUAUUCAUACGAAAUGUCAACAAGAUUUAGAAGUUUGGCAUUCGGCUGCUGUUAAUCAUCUUUCACAAAUCUUNAAUACCUUAGAAACAUUUUCAUUAGCACAUAUUCAUACGAAAUGUCAACAAGAUUUAGAAGUUUGGCAUUCGGCUGCUGUUAAUCAUCUUUCACAAAUCUUUAAUCAACGUUUAAUUGAUUUAAAUCAAUUAUUUCAAAAUGAUAUUCAACCAAAUCUUACUGAAUAUAAACAGAAAAUGAUUGAACAAUUGAAAAAUAAAAUCAUUCCAAGAAUUAAUCAAUUUAUUGAUCAAUCAAAUUAUGAAAAUAAGAAAAUUGAUAAAAUUCAAACAAUUGUUGAGAAUAUUCGAAGUGAAUGUGAUGCAAUUCGUGAUGGUUCAUGGAUAAAUAUUCAAUUACCUGAUAUAAAGAACUUUUCCGUACCGAUCCGUAUAGCAAAAAUGGCAUUAGCUGCUCGUCUAACCGAUGGAGAAAAAGAUCCAUUAGAAAAUUUGAGUGAUGACGAGAAUAAGAAAGAUGAAAACUGUCCGAAGAAGAAAAAGAGAAAGGAAAAUUCGAUUGAUUUAGUAGAAAUAUUUGCAACGAAUCCUGAUCCAUUGAAGUCUCAUUCAUUAGAAACGAAUUCAUCAACAUUGGCUUUAUCGAAUCACUUUAUUCUGAUUCAUGACAAUAAAAAAUUGAUUUUAUUCGAUUUAAAUAAGAAAACUCAAGAAUUUGAAUGGAAUGACAAUGAUUUCGGAAUACUAGUUGAUAUUUGUUGGAUGCCAUCCAUAUCCUUGUUUUUAAUCUUAACAAUCCAUUCGGUUUAUAUGUUUGAUCCAAUGAAAAGUGCACCAAAUGUUCCAAUCAAAAUUGAAACGAUUAAGCCAUUAGAUCGUUCACAUGUCUUGGCAUCUUUAUCACCAUUUGAUCGUGAUUUAUACAUUAAUUAUCACAAAGGUGUUCACAUCGAUCAGUAUCAUGUUGAUCCAAAGUUAGAAUGGACUUUACAAAAGAGAUUCUCGAAAAAUGAAUGUUCGGAAGUGAAAGACAUCGGUAUACGUGAUGUGAGAUGUGAUAAUGAACAUAUUUGUUUAUCAAUAAUGCAAAUGGAUGAUCUAAAAUGGAGAUUAGAUUUAAUGUCACGUGAUAUGGUCAGGGUUCGACGUGGUGUUGCCAUGGAUUCCGGUGAAAAUCAACACAAGUUCUUUUCCAUGCUGAUUCCAUUACAAGACCAACGUUGGUUAUUCGUCAACUGGUUUACGAACAAACUUUGGAU